GACUCUAAGAUCAAACAAUCUGUGGAAUUGAUCACGAAAAACAAUAAGAAUUGAAAUAAACUCCAGGUGCAGAGUACGGAGAGUAGAAAGAAGAAAAUGAUGAACUAAACGCGUGAAUGGAACAUUGUCGUAACUAGUGAAAAUCUCCGAGUGAAAAUUAUUAGAGAAUUGACAUUUUGGCGGGAAAAGUGAAUAUCCGCGUGAUAAUGCUGAUAUUGGUUUUGCUACUGGGUCAGGGGGUUUUGACCAGUAAUGUACAAUAUCCUCAGGGCUACUAUCCUUUCCAGGAAUCACCUGCAAGAAUUCCACCAGUUGUCAGGAAACCACCCUAUCUUCAAACCCAAGUAAAAUGUCCUGGAGCUGACGGAUCAAAGGUUGAGCAGACAUUAGACAAUUUAUGCGGAGAUCUAAACAAAGGAUAUCUACCAGUUAAUCCAAUAGGUCAAAAUAUACUCGGAGUGUCCUACCCAUUCGAGUUGAUCAAGAAUAAAACCUUGGAUUUCUUUAGUAAAACUUUACCAGUCCUUAAAGCAGAUGAUACGCUUCCCAAGGUUGCCAGAUACCAGGAUUCUCAUAUCCUGUAUAAUCCAGCAAUAUUCAACUCUCAACCAACUCCAAACCUCGAGUUCUCAGAGGAAAGAUUUCGGAGGCAUACGGAGAACCAGGAAUCGGAGGAUAGAAGGAGGGUUCGGAGGAGCCUUGAUAUCCUUACCAGACAAAAGCGAGCACUCGGAAGUGGUAUUGAUAAAGAACAAGAACAAGAUCAACAAGAGGAGUUAGACCAAGAACAUCAAGAACAUAAAGAACAAGAUGAGCUAAACCAAAAACAUAAAGAACAAGAUGGGCUAAAUCAAGUACAUAAAGAACAACAUAAGCUAAACCAAGGACAUGAAGAACAAGAGCAGCUAGAGCAAGAGCAAGUUGGAUCUAGAGAUAUUUUUAAUGGAGUGGGAAGACAGGGUAGAGCAGGCUGGUGUGAUAACAGUUUCGGAGUCUUCUGUAUGCUCUUCAAUGUUCUUAAAGGAGAUAAAAAAGAUGAGGCAGAUGAUCGGAUAGAUGACUCCGAUUUAAAAGAUUCGGCAAGUAUGAUCAACUCCCUUGAAGAACCAAUGACUCCAUGCCCGUCUGCAGUGGAGUAUGUUACUCCAGUCUUUGCUAAAAAUUAUCAGGGUGGGUGGAGGUAUGUAGUACAGAUCCCCUACGAGGGUUACUUCACCCAGACUGUCGAGGUGGUCAAGUGCUUGAGCACGAAGUGUGAGUUUCUGGAAGGAAGUUGUUUAGCAUCACCCCGCUGGGUGUCUCUGCUAGUCUCGGAAAUAUAUUAUCCCGAUGCAUAUUUUCCCAGUGGUGAACAACCUAUACCUGGCAGGAGCCCUAUUGAUGGAGAACCACCCAAAGAUUAUAACCAGUAUCUACAGAAGAGAGCUGGAUUUGUGGGAGCUGAGACAGAGAAUUGUGAUGGAUAUGAUGAACUUGGUUGUUUUCAUGUCAGGUUGUACUACGACUGGUUUCUGAUCCCUGGAAGCUGUAAAUGCUGGAAAAAUGAUUUUUUCGCCAAAUAUACUCGAUAGGCGACAUUAGUGUAAUUUAAUGGGACUGAGGAUGUUAUUUCUAAUUCGCCAAAAUUUCUUAUGAAAAACUAUCAAUAAUGGUUUAGCUUUCGUGUCGUAAUAUUUAUGUGAGCAACUCUAUGCAACCAGGGAUAUGUCCGAUUUACAACGGUACCCUUUUAUCUGAUCAUCGAGGGCGGAUAACUUCGUGUGUUUAUAUCUAAAAUGUUCUUCAAAUUGCAGAAAAAAAUGAAAGAUCAAUAUCGUCCAGUGUGUUCUUAAUUGACGUUAAAUAUUUUUCUCGAAAAUCUAAAAAAGUAUUUGCUGCAAUAAUGGGAGUGUUAUGAUUGACGUUUAAAAGUUUGAAAAGUUACCGUCCAUACUUAUAAAGUCCAGAAAAGAAAACUAAGAAUUGAUGUGCAAUAGACGCAAUCUAUAGAGCUAAAGGUAGUAAAAUAAAUGAAAAAAUAACACUUUACAACUUGGUCUGUAAUCAAGAAUCUCAAAAUAAAGUAUAGUUAGUAAAUGCAUAAAUUAAAGUUUCAGUAUUGUAUCUAUAAUUAUUUAUCUUCCUAUUUAUUUCUGCUACAGGAUUUUUAUGAUAUUUUAAUAAAGUGACAGGUAUCAAAUAUGACAGAUCAAAUGAUAAUGAUUCUACUUCUUCCUCUUCCACUCCUUCCACAAAAGUUUAUAGAUUUUCAGUCUAUGUCGUCUUCACCACGACAUUCGUCAUUAUUAUUUAAACAAAAGACGACAGAAAACUAAAACUCAGUUUUUGAGAAGAUUUAGACAGCCAUCAGACUUCAUAAAUAUCUUAACAAUCUCUUGUAAUGCAAUUUGUAUUUAUUUUUAUACAUCAUGUAAAAAAAGUAACCUUAAGUAUAUAAACAAAAAAGGAUUUUAAAAGGUAAGAUUUUUGUUUGUAAAACCUACAGGGGGACCCACGAUACCGUGACAGUUGCAAGACAACUUGAAGGUCGUCUUUGCUCUUUAAACAAAUUUACGGCAUUUAUUCGUAAACCAAAUUAUAGAAGUAAAACAAAGUCACAAGAUACCCCUAGUCAUGGCAUUUCAUAAAUGUGGUCUGCCUUUUUUUGUGCGUUCAAUUUUUCCAUCGAGAUAUAAAGAAUUUUGUUCAGAUUUCGACAGAUGACAAUUCUGGUAUUAUUUAAUAAAAUUGAAAUGUGAACGAAAUUCUACAUAUCUUUUUGGAAAUGCCAGGACUGGAGAAUAUUGUGGGUAUUAUUUCAAGAGUCAUACAUGUGAAAGAAGGUUGACGACUUGAUGCCUCGAAUAAAUUCGAAGAUGAAAAGACGGCUUUCAAAAUUCGUCAUGAUGCUGCACAUACUGUCAUGUUUCGCGGGACACCUUUUAUGUGAAGGCCUUUCUUUGGGUGAACUUUAGUUGUUAAUGGCAAUAUUAAAAGUAACUCUUAUUUUUUCUUCUUUGAUUUAUUAGAAGAAUCUACAAUUUAUUGUCAUUUUAUGUUCUAGUUAAUUUUACAAAUAAAUUAAUAAUUUAGA